UGCUUCACAAGAUGGCGGCGCGCUGAGAGCGUAACAUCUGCGUUUCUAGGAGCUUCGCGCUGCGGGUGGUUUAAGAAUCUGGAGUCGUGGAGGCCCGCGCCGGAUACGUGGUCUGGCAGGAACGUCGGUCUCAGAGAUGGCUCUGAGUAAAUCAAUGCAUGCAAGAAAUAGAUACAAGGACAAACCUCCUGACUUUGCAUAUCUGGCAUCCAAAUAUCCAGAUUUUAAGCAGCAUGUUCAGCUAAAUCUGAGUGGAAGAGUGAGUCUUAAUUUUAAAGACCCUGGAGCCGUCAGAGCUCUGACUUGUACCCUUCUAAGGGAAGACUUUGGACUUUCAAUUGACAUUCCAUUGGAGAGACUAAUUCCCACAGUUCCCUUGAGACUCAACUAUAUUCAUUGGGUGGAAGAUCUGAUUGGUCACCAGGACUCUGACAAAAGUACUCUCCGAAGAGGAAUCGACAUAGGUACUGGUGCGUCCUGCAUCUAUCCCUUACUUGGAGCAACCUUAAAUGGCUGGUAUUUCCUUGCAACAGAAGUGGAUGAUAUGUGUUUCAACUAUGCAAAGAAAAAUGUGGAACAGAAUAAUUUAUCUGAUCUCAUAAAAGUGGUAAAAGUGCCACAGAAGACACUCUUGAUGGAUGCUCUUAAAGAAGAAUCUGAAAUAAUCUAUGAUUUUUGCAUGUGCAACCCUCCCUUUUUUGCCAAUCAGUUGGAAGCAAAGGGAGUAAACUCUCGAAAUCCUCGAAGACCUCCACCCAGUUCUGUAAAUACGGGAGGUAUCACAGAGAUCAUGGCAGAAGGAGGUGAAUUAGAGUUUGUUAAAAGGAUCAUCCAUGACAGUUUACAAUUGAAAAAAAGAUUAAGGUGGUACAGCUGUAUGCUGGGAAAGAAGUGCAGCCUGGCUCCUCUGAAGGAAGAGCUUCGCGUACAAGGGGUUCCCAAAGUCACCUACACUGAAUUCUGUCAAGGUCGGACAAUGAGAUGGGCUUUAGCUUGGAGUUUUUAUGACGAUGUGACAGUGCCAUCACCACCAAGUAAGCGAAGAAAAUUAGAAAAGCCAAGGAAACCCAUUACAUUUGUAGUCUUGGAGUCUGUGAUGAAAGAGUUAUCCCUCAAAGCAUCAUCUUUGGGCUCUGAGGCAGCAGAAGGCAUAGUAGUUGUGACAACGUGGAUUGAAAAAAUUCUCACCGAUUUGAAGGUCCAGCAUAAACGAGUUCCCUGUGGAAAAGAGGAAGUCAGUCUUUUCCUAACAGCUAUAGAAAACUCCUGGAUUCAUUUAAGGAGGAAGAGAAGAGAGAGAGUGAGACAACUGAGAGAAGUUCCUCGUGCUCCCGAGGAUGUCAUCCAAGCCUUGGAAGAGAAAAAGGCCACUUCCAAAGAGUCUGACAACAGCCAAGACUUGCCAAAGGGCCCCCAGGAGAGUGCCGUCGGUGGGACCGCUCUACAGGAAGGCGAGUCUGCCACUAUGGAGAGCCAUUGCCCAAACCAGGAGCUUCUUGCCCAGGAAGAAAACCCAGAACCCAUGGAGGAUGAAAGGAGUGAGGAAAAGGGAGGGAUGGAGGCUUCUGAGCAGUUGGGCAGCCCCGUGGCUGAGAAGGAGAAGUGUCUCCAAGGAGUGGCUGGACAAUACCUAUUUAAGUGUUUGAUAAACGUUAAGAAGGAGGAGGAGGAUGCUUUGGUUGAAAUGCACUGGGUUGAGGGCCAAAACAGGGAUUUGAUGAACCAGCUUUGUACCUAUAUACGUAACCAGAUUUUCCGACUUGUUGCUAGUUAGCUCCAGGCGUGUGGCAGGUAACUGCUGUAAGGCUAAAGCAGCCUGAUUUGGAGCACCGGUGGGUGGCCAGUUGGUCUGUUGUAGUAUUACGUGGAAUUACCCUAAGAUACAGAAACCAAUUAAUUCAUUUUAAAAUGUG